AUGAUCUGUACUGCACUGACCUACCUGGGCUCGGCUUGAGAGGAAAGAAGUUAGUUGUGAAAAGGUUGCUGAACGAGUAUUACCUUUGCUUUGCGUAGAACAUGGCUCAACAGAGUCAAGGUAUUCAGAAGCUUCUUGCUGCAGAGAAGCAAGCAGCAGAAAUAGUGGAUGCUGCUCGCAAGCGUAAGACUCGUCGCUUGAAGCAGGCGAAAGAGGAGGCAGCCCAGGACAUUGAAAACUAUCGUCAGGAGCGCGAGAAGAACUUCAGAGACCAGCAUGCCAAGAACCAGGGCUCUGGCGACUCUUUCGCACAGCAGGUUGACCAAACCACAAGGCAGCAGCUGUCGACCGUCACCCAGCAAGUUGGCUUGAAUAAGGACGCUGUGAUGGCACGACUACUUGACCUUAUCACCGAUGUGCAACCCACAGUGCACCAGAACUUGCAGACAUAGGCGUCACCGUUUUGUCAUUCUUUUUUUAAAUAGGAAAACAUUUUACUUCUCAACUGAUACUUUCUGUCAUGAAACGUACGCUAUUCGGUGAAUAAAUUAUGCUUAUAUGAUCAAAUGUUACGAGUACUGUUACGGAGGACAUGCCUGACCCGGACUGUGAGGUGUACAUUAUUUUCACUCUCAAAGUGCUUGCCCUGUCAUUCAUGCAGGUCACUGCACUCGCAGCAAUUGAUGACACCUACUGUUGCUUUAUUCUCUA